AAAACAACACUGUAAAUUAAAAACAGCUUGGAAUGUCUUGCACACUUUCGGCACAAAAACAACGAAAGCGAUAAAAUGUAUUUAAAAAACUGUCCCAACCCAAUUUUGACUUUUUCUUGUGGUAAAACUUACUGGUGGGUCGCCAAAUUCUACUAAAAUCCAAAGUGGGUCGCAAGCUAGGAAAGUUUGAGAACCCCUGCCUUAAACUAUUAAACAAGGAUAUAAUGACUUGGAAAAAAAUUAAAAUAUGUUAAUUGUAGCGAUUCAAUACAAAAUAAACAAUGACUUCUAAAAGGUGACUGAAACAUCAAUUUUUUAAUGAUUUAAAAAAAUGUAAAUACGCUUUUAAAUACACCAAAAACUAUUUUGUGAUACAUAUACAGAGCAGUCCUAAAUAUCAGCCAAAAAUAUUAAAAAAAAUGAUUUUCCACGAAACAAAAAUUACAAAAAUGCUCAAACUAUACCCCGUCUAAAGGCGGGAUUGGGUAUUAGAGGGUUAAUAACUGUGGAAGUGCUAAUAGAACUCUAAGCUGAGAAUCAGGCUUUGUCCCAGUGGGAAAGUUGCGCCAAGAAGAAAAAGAAAAAGAAGUAUAUAGUUUCAGACAUUUAGUGAGACCUCAAAUCACCUGACUAUUGGACCAUAGGGCACUGCAUUAAAUUAUCUCCUUCUCCUUCACUCUUAUAGAAAUUUUGUAAACAACAAGGCCAAGAAACUCCAAAAUCCCAUACAAAAUCAAAACAAUGCAGUUCCUUAUUCAGCAUGACUCUAGAAAGAGUUCUAAUGCUGUGGAGUAGGGCUAUUUAUUAGAAUUCAGAAUUGUGCUAGAAGAAAAUAAACAAAUUUUACUAGAUCAUCGAAUCUUAAAUAUUUAUUAUUUUUGGAUACGCAGCACUUGUUGGAAUAAAGUGCAGGAAGAAUUCACCAUAUAGGUACAGGUUCGGGUAUAAUUUUUUUCCUAAAAUUUAUUGUGAUUUCGUGUGUAACCAGGAACUGUUGGAAAAAAUCUCAUUUUGUUUGCUACCACCCGUUAGUUAGCAAUUUUGGUCAACUGACUGUGAUGACGACGCUCUCGCAAGUUACUGGAAUUUCGCGAACCUCGUCAGUUGAUCGCUAUCAGCCGCUACGAACGGCAAUCUUGCUCAGCUGAGAUCUUACAGUCCGUCUUCCUUCCCUACCUGCCGAUCGAAUGACUUCGAAUGUUUGGAAAAGGUUGUUGAACCGCGAUUAGGCGCGCGAUGUCCUGUCCGAUCGAGUUCUAGGCCUGCGAUCUGAUCCCGGUGUGAAAUGAACCUAGUUUGGAAUUGGUUUGUUUUCUUUUAUCGCAGAUUCUCGAGGGUGGUGGUCAAAAUCAAACCAAGCCCUAUCAGAUUGACGAUAGGGAAGCGAUCACUCUUUACCAGCAAGCAAAAGGAGCAGAACUCCAACCAACAUCAGCAGCAGCAACAGCAGGGUCGCCAAUCGAAAGGUAAAUUUAAUAAAAUUCAGAGAAAAUGGAGUUGGAAGGCUGGGGCGGGUUGGACUAUAUUAUCCGUUUUGGAUUGGUGGUUACUAGCUGCCGGCGGUUGGUUAACAUGGCGGGGCGUCUUCCUGCGAUGGACCCCGAUAGGCAUCUGCAUGAUCGCCGCAGCACAAUGGCACCUUCACAAUCGUGAACUCGACCGGAAGGGCCUUCCACGGACGGCGGCCUCAUGGCAGAUGAAUAUAUACUGUUCGCUGCCAUUGAGAAUGAUGAGUAGAGCCUGGGGUUGGUUGGCAGACUGCCGCGUGCCAACGCCCGCCAGACCUCUCCUCUACGGCCUGUACUCGACCGCUUUCGGCGUGAACAUCGAAGAAGCUGCAUCGUCCGAUUUCAAAAAUUAUCGUAGCUUAGCGGAAUUCUUCACCCGAUCACUGAAGGAGGAUGUACGCUAUGUGGACCCGAAGAGUUGCAUCGUAUCACCAUGUGACGGACGAGUUUUGCACUUCGGUACCGCCACCAACUGUCAUAUCGAGCAGGUCAAAGGCGUCUCGUACAGUCUGGAGGAGUUUCUGGGGCCAGCCACCUGGAGCGAUAAGAACGACUGCCCGACAAUCGUCGAGAAGAUCAAAAAGAAAUCACCCGACAAUGCGCUGUAUCAGUGCGUCAUCUACUUGGCACCGGGCGACUAUCAUCGGUUCCACUCGCCGGCCGCCUGGAAGCCGGAGAUCAGGCGACACUUUUCGGGCGAGCUCCUGUCGGUGAGUCCGAAAGUCGCCAAAUGGAUGCCGGGGCUGUUCUGUUUGAACGAACGAGCGCUCUACGUCGGCAAGUGGACGCACGGAUUCUUCAGCUUCACUGCAGUGGGUGCAACCAACGUCGGUUCUGUUCAAAUCUACAUGGACGAGAAGCUGAAGACAAACCAAUGGGUGGGUUUGGAAGUGGGAACCCACCGGUGCAAGCAGUACGACGAACUCGUUCUGCCGGCUGAUUCGUUCCUAGGGAAGGGCGAACUGCUGGGACAGUUCAACAUGGGCAGCACCAUUGUGCUCAUCUUUGAGGCUCCACGAGAUUUCAAGUUCAACCUCCAACCAGGGCAGGUGGUGCGGAUGGGUCAACGUCUGGGAUGUGUUGGCGACAAAGACGACACGAUCGAAGAUCUGAACAAGACGAAGAAACUAAUCGAAUCUAUGUGAUGGAAGGUGUUUUCUUAGGCCAACCGAUUAGCUGGACAAUAGUUUAUAUAGGGUUUUUCAAUUUUGGCUUGUAAGAGGAACAAGCCCCAGAACUCCGUACCUAGGCAGCGCAUUUUAACGUGACUUUAAAAGCGUGAGAAGCCUUUUUGUUACACUCAGUGUACUGUGCUGCAAUGAUGACUAUCAUCGAUCGCUAUACCUUUAAUUACUCAGUUUCACGACUGCAACAGUUGAUGCGACUUUCAUUCGCAGUUAUGUAGUUUUCCCCAAACUGUGAGUAUCACACUCACAUCCACAACGCAAACAAAACCAUUGCAAUCGUAGUACAUAUUGUACGUGUAUUCUUUUUGAAAUAAUUACAGUAAGAAAAUAACGAAAGUAGAAACCAGUAGUUUUCUCUUUAAUUCGUGGACGGCUGAGUGUGAUUUCUUCGGUUUAUUGUGUGCAGAGAUUUUCGAUUUAGUUCCUCCAUCUACUAAAAUUGUUCAGUAGUUAGAGAACAGAUUACCUCUAUUGUUUAAGUAGGAUCUUAGCUAUCUAAACAAUUUUAAAUGCUUAAGAGUUUUGUAAAUAAAAAAUGUUUUCUAAUA